AGUAAGAUUAAUGAAUUAUGUGAUAAAUAGGCAAAGACCAAUAGCUUUGGCCAGCUGUUGAGAAAUGAAUCGUUUGGUCAUCGAAAGAGUCGACUCUCAUAGCUGAGAAGAGCCGAUUGCUCUGAUUCAAUACAAUGCUGCUAGCGGUAGUGGGCUGUUUCUGAUCUAGCCAAUGUGGCUUCAGUGUCCUUUUUACGGACCAAUGAACAACUCGUUUGUUAGCAGAUGAUCUGUUGUCAUAGAGACGAGUCCAAAAAGCACAACAGACCGUUGAUGGAGGUGACGUCAAUAAUGAAUGGGUUUAAGCUUAGCUAAUAAUGUUAGAAAGUAGAUAGAAAAGGAGCGAAAACGCUAUAUUGCAUUCAUAUCCAUCUAGAAUCGUUAUUUAUGAAUAGAAGCAAGGUUAAUAUGUUUUUAAUAGUAAAGGAGAGUCACACCACGAUCAGUAUAGUAGUUAACGACUUACCUGUAGCCUAGUUCAAGCCAGGAUUGAUAGAACUGCUGAUUUGUUGUUGUUGUUGUUGUUGUUGUUGUUGUUGUUAAGCUCCUAACAAGGGGUUUUAAAAGCCAGUGCCUCAUGUUAGUCAAAUACAGAUUUAGGUGAUCAGAUUAAUAAGACUACCUGAAAAAAAAAUGGACAUGCAUAGAUUAAUAGUUAGUUAGAAAAAUUGACCUUUUGGGUACGGAUAAAGACAUGGAAGCAUAUGAGCAAAUUCUUGAACUUGGCAGAGGAGGAGCGGGUGUCGUCUUGCUGAUGAGACACAAAGAAACAAAGAAGCUCUAUGCUGUGAAGAAAAUAGAAGUCGACAACUCUCGAAAAAUAAAAUCCAAAGCCAACAUACUGCAAGAGGCUGAAAUUCUGAGGAAGCUGAAACACCCCCACAUUGUGAUGUGGAGUGAGACGUUCUGCGAUCCAGCAAAAGAGCACAUCUGCAUUGCUAUGGAUUACUGCGAUGGUGGGACGCUGGAUGAUCAGAUUAAAGGCAGAAAGGCAGAAGAAUAUUUCUCAGAGGCUACCGUCAUGAACUGGUUUGUGCAGAUUGUCAUGGCGGUCAGUUACAUUCAUUCUGUAAGGAUUCUACACAGAGAUAUUAAGCCCUCGAAUGUACUGCUAACAAAGAGGGGGACAGUAAAGUUGGGAGAUUUUGGAAUAUCAAAGAUCAUGAACCAUACAUCGGAUAUGGCCUCAACAUGUGUAGGGACACCCAGCUACCUCAGCCCUGAGCUGUGCCAGGAUGUUCCAUACAGCACCAAAUCUGACAUAUGGGCCCUUGGCUGCUUGCUGUAUGAGCUUUGCGCACUUAAACCAGCUUUUAUUGCUAAAAAUUUACUGAGUUUGUUUUAUAAGAUUAUAAAGGGUGAAUACAGCCAGGUGCCUGUGAGCUACUCAGAUAGCCUUCACAUGCUGAUUGAGAAGAUGCUGUGCUUGAUUCCUGAGAACAGACCGAGUGCUAGCUGCAUCCUGGCCAUGUCUUAUGUUCAGGAACAGCUGGGACUGUUUAUUCAGCAUCAGGAGACAGAACUGACAAAGGGUAAUGCUGACCCCGUACCUGCCAAGAAUGAAGAUGUCACAUUAACCUGGAACAACACUGUUUGUAUUGAAGUGCCUGAAGCUGGGAAAAUGGAAGAAAACGAUCAAGCGCCUGCUAUUGUAGAGGACGAGGUGACACAUGCAGGGACUGAGUCUGAAUAUUCAGAAGACUUUGAUGAAAAUGACAGCAUGUCAUCUACUGAAGAUUAUUCAAAGAAAAAUUCCUCCUCCUCUAGUUUGGAGCAUGGAGGAGUUGCAGAAGAGCUGCAUGGUCUCGCCGAUGAUGUGGAUGCUAAUGAGUACCCAGAUGACUUUGAGGAUGAGGAUGAGGAUGAAUUGGCUGAAGUGGUGAGCUGUGCUCGAAAUGCCAUGCAGACUCUUACAGAUAAUUCUCUUGAGCUGAAGGACAGCGCCGGUCCAUCGGUCACCGUGAGAACUCUGAGAGAGAAGUACAUAGAGGACGUUGGUCCUUUACUUUAUGAGGAGAUCAGUGAACAUUUUGUGAACGGCUUGAAACCAGAAGACCUUCAGCCACACUUCCAGCACGUGGUAGGAGGCGACCAUCUGGAGACCUGCUACCUCAUAUUCAACAUUGACCAAGAGACCACGUGUUGAACAUGCAGCCUUCUUAAAGACCUUAAAACUGGCAAAUAUUACAAUAUGUUUCAUAAGUCAUAGCAAUGGUCACUUUCACGUUGCUUCCAUUGUCUAUAAAUAAUAAGAAUACACCUGAGGCAAAAAAAACCCUUUUUCAAUAUAUGUUUAUUGUAAUCUUAUAAUAUCAUAAGCCUAUAUGAUUUACACUAAUAUUUUUCAUGUGUAUAGACAUAGAUAUAUUUCUAGGCGUUAUAUCGACUGUACUACAUCUUAUUACCAGCAGGUGGCAGUCUGCAAACAGAAAAUGAAUUUGAGUGUGCUGUAUUUUUGGGUGUAUUAUAUUUCCCUGUGUUUAUGACACGUCUUGGCAAAUGGUUGCUUCUGCUCUUUAAUGUGAUGACGAUGAUGAUGAGUAGUAACAGUGGGGAGAGAGUGGCCUAUAAAAGAGAAAUACUGCCUGAUACUGAUACUGAUACAGAGGGAGAUUUGAUAACACAAACACAGUGUGUUGUAUGGUUUUAAGUGAAACUAUAUACCAAACUGUCAUUACCUAUUUAUGAAUAAAAAUGCUUUAAGGUGUUCAUUU